AUGACAAAGCUGCCUGCCAAGGUCCAUGCCUUCUGGGAAUUGCAAUGUUUAAAUCUCAAACUCAUGAUGGUUGAUCUUACGCAGAUCACGAUACUACACACUCUGGGCCGAGGGAGUGUGCUUAAAGGACACCAGCUUGAUUUUGAUCUUGGGUUACGAGGCUCUCGUAUUCUGGUGCCGUGCAUAUUAUUGUUGGGAUAUUUUUGUGCAUGUUUUACUGCUACCUGGUUCUACUACUUUCCAUCACCUGUUCGAUGGGAGUUACUGUCAGUAGUUGUUAUUGUCGAAUUCAGGAAAAAUGUGUUCUAUACAUGCUUAAAAGCUAAAUGCUCGAUCAUUGGAUACUUUAGUUUAGAAGAUGCGCAUAGUCAAUACGGAACGUGCUUCUUGCGGAGACACAGCACCUACUUUAAUUUGUGUGAUUCAAUAAAUCGGUGUGCAUGUGAAAAUGUUAGGCUUGUUACUAAAAACAAUCAGUUUAGUAUUGCGUACUUUGGAUGGUCCCUGCCUCACAUCCGGGGAUUGGAGAUUACCAAAUUGACUGUAGAACGCUUGGCUUCUGAUGAUCGGUUUGAAAAAAAAAGAUCCUAUGCAUAUGUCAAUCAUAGAAUAUACAACAGAUUAAAAGGUGUGCCACCAUUCCAUACCACAUACUACAAAAUUGGUGACUUUGUACCCCACAAAGACAUUCCCAAAGUAGCCGUAAUACACAAAAGAAAGGAAUAUUUAAUGGAUUUGAAAAUUGAUGUAAAAUACAAAUCAUUUUUGUUUAUUUUCUUUAAGAAAAGAAAAUGGAACCGUAUUAAGUAUCUAGUUUAA